CAAAGAGUAUCGUAUCUGAAAGCAGGUCAGAAGAGCGCCACUCUUGACUCGUGUAACCAUCGAACUUCGGCUUCAAGACUUGUUCAGACUGGUCUCUAACUAUCUCGCUGGGUAUUCUGCCAGUGUCAUGAACGAUUCGUAAGCUUCGGAGAACUUUGCGGGUAUCGCGCCAAUGCCACCGAUCCGCCAUGGAAUAGUCGAGGUGUCUGAGCAGAGUGUGAAGAGCACUCGCACCAGCGGGAUCUACUGCAGCGUCUGGUGGUUGAUCCGGGAGACCUUCGAACAGAUUCUGGAGGUUAGGAGGUAGGGAGGCAAUGGCUUCGACCACAGUGACAGAUUGAUUUGCCUGGGUCUCAAUAGAAGGCCCAGACAAUCGGUCAGGGAAAAUCAAAUGUUGCAUCCAAUACGAGGUUCCUCCGACGACUAUGGGAACCUCGCCGCGUUCGUGAGUCUCUUCAAUCUGGACGAAAUCUUACGAAGUCGAUUCGCCAUGUAGUUUCUAGGCUCGAUCAACUUACCAAGGCCGUCGCGUCUUUGAUCCACUGCCCGACCACAUAUUGUUCAGCAGGUUGUUUAAAGCCCAUGAGAAGAUGUUCGACUCCUCGUCGUUCAGACUCCGGGACCUUGUUUGUAAGGACAUCGAGGCCAGCGUAGACUUGCAUCGAGUCUGCGUUGAUGAUUCUGGCCCCCCUCCAUCGAUUGUUCGGCUUCUGCUGCGCGUUGGAUAUAUGCAAAGCAAUAUCGAUAGCAAGAUUCGAUUUUCCAACUCCAGUCGUGCCAAAUAUCGCAACGAGCGGCCGCAGGGCCAUGUAUCAGAAGAGAGAUUUAAUGAUGGUAUUGUGACCAGCAAUGUCACGCACGCAUCAUAUGUCUUCGCGCACCUCCCGCAAGAGAGGGCGGGCUCAACGCGUCGCUGCAGUUCAAGAACAGAUCAACCUUUCUGGUGCAGAUUCAGACGGAGAUAUUGCAGAAGAUCCUCGGGAGAAAGAGCACACAGUUUGGAACGCGUUCAAAGACGAUCAUUUCGAAGUGUUCGAACUAUCUUCAAGCCUGAAGCGGACCUUCACCUUGGUUCAAGAGCGGGAUGAGCUCGACGAAAAGAGCAGUGCGGACCUGGCUGGACAAAUCAAUGAAUAUUUCCGAAUCCGUCGGGGUCGUGAAAGGAUGGCGAACAGCGUAGCAACAACAGAUGAUUCAGAAGAAUCCAACUAUUCUCCGGCCGACAGUCGAGCCUGUCUGAGGAGAAUUUUUCAGCUGUCCGAGGCUUCUCUGCGUGACCGGCAGGAAAAGGUCAAUCUCACGCACAGUGCUUUCGAAUCAGUCCGUCUCGAAUUCCGGUGGGGGACCAAUAUUCAAUCUGUGUUGCAGGUUGAGCGCAGUAUCCGUCUCAUUGAUCAGGAAAUCCAAGAGCAGGAGCACGCCAUCGCGUUGGGACCUGGAAGGCACCUUGCACCUAUUGUCUUACCUGCAAUCGUUGUACCGAAAUGGGCCAAGCCUCCUCUUCUUGCGAUGAGUCCAGAGCCAGAGGAAGCCCGGGCGAACGAAGCUGCUGCUGCUGCAAGGAAUCGCAGCAAGAAAGGUAAGAAGAGCAAGAGGAAAGAAUCAGCGACAGAACUGGAUCCCGCGGGAGAAGAUGUCGACCCAAACGAGCCUCUCUAUUGUUACUGCAACAAGAUCUCUUUCGGCGAAAUGAUUGCUUGCGAUGAUCCACAUUGUUUGCACGAAUGGUUCCAUCUCGGGUGCACGGGACUCACAGCAGCGCCAGAAGGAAGGAAGAAAUGGUACUGCGUCGAUUGUGUGGCGAGGAAGAGCCGUAAACGCAACCGAUGAGCUGAUAAUUCUAUGUAAAGUCUACUCUCAUGUUCAGCUUAUUGGCCAGUGUUUCCAUGUACAGAUCUGUAUCUUUGUUGGUUGACAGUCGAGUUCGAAAAAUAUGCGCACCAGUGUCAUGUCUCAAUUUCCAGUAUUCCGACAGCAGCUGAUUCAGCUCGGCCUCCUGCUCUUUGAGGUGACUCGCCAUCUUGUCAUCGCACAACAGUCAACAUCGAACGGGGUCACCUGCGCAUGGACUGACCUUGCUCUCCAACGCAUCGCCCUCUACGCGGAGCUCCUCCACCUGUUUGUCAUUGUCCCUUCUUUCAACCGCCAUUUCGUCAUAUUCUCGCUGCAAGCGGUCUAAGGUCUUUUGACUGGCGAUCUUCCUGUCUUCUGCAUGUCGUUGAGCGCGUUCCAACUUAUCUUGAGCAUUCGACAUCUGCUUUUGAACUCUCUAGAGUAGACGAUCAGAUAAAGCUUGGAUCGACAGUUGAUCAGUCACAUCUUGCC